UAGAAAUGAAGACGUAUACACAAAAUGACCCAAUGCUGUUUUCUUAGGGUGCAUCCUUUGUUUUUCUGGUUUUGGUCUUUUCAUCGUAGGAUGGCCUUAGCUCUGUGUCUGCAGGCGCUGUGCAGCCUGGGGGGCUGGCUCUCGCUCUACAUUUCUUUCUGUCGCCUGAAUAAUCACCGAAGCUAUGAGUGGAGCUGCCGGCUGGUUACGUUCACCCACGGAGUCCUCUCGAUAGGUCUCUCAGCUUAUAUUGGCUUCAUUGAUGGCCCUUGGCCUUUUACCCACCCAGGCUCACCCAAUACACCUCUCCAAGUGCACGUUCUGUGUUUCACCUUGGGCUACUUCAUCUUCGACUUGGGCUGGUGCAUCUACUUCCAGUCUGAGGGGGCCCUGAUGCUGGCUCACCACACACUGAGUAUCUUGGGCAUCAUCAUGGCCCUGGUGCUUGGAGAGUCAGGCACAGAGGUCAAUGCAGUCCUCUUUGGAAGCGAGAUUACCAAUCCCUUGCUACAGAUGCGCUGGUUUCUUCGUGAAACAGGCCAUUACCAUAGUUUCACUGGAGACGUGGUGGAUUUCCUCUUUGCAGCUCUGUUCACUGGAGUGAGGAUUGGCGUAGGAGCUCACCUCCUCUUCUGUGAAAUGGUCUCACCCAAGCCCAAGUGGUUUGUGAAGGUCGGGGGAGUUGCGAUGUAUGCUGUGUCUUGGUGUUUCAUGGUUAGCAUCUGGCGUUUUGCAUGGAGGAAAAGCAGCAAGAAGUACCACACCUGGAGAAGCAGGCGGAGUGAGGAGCGGCAGGUAAAACACAAUGGACUUCUCAAGAUGCACUAGCCAAGGCUUGCUCCAGACAAUGGAUUGGGUUAAGUCAGCCACGGGAACCAGGUUGGAGAUAUGGCUGUUACAGAAUCCUGCUUAUGACGAGCUUAGGUUUCUAAAAAGGGCUAAAUUUAUCCAUCCGUUUGGUCAGUCUUGGAGCGGGACACAUCCCAGUAUUAAAACACUAACUUCUGCAGCUGUGCAGUUGUAGAAAGUGAGACUACCAGCAGUAGUUGUAAGUCAGAACUGUGAGGUGAGCAUGCUGCCUUCCUUUUAAGUUGUGGUGACCCUGGCUUCUUUGUCUCUGGGAGGCUUGGUGAUCAGACAGCCUAGAAAGGAACUCAAAAAGCAUUAGUGCUGUUUCUUCCUUAUUCCUUUGAGAAGUGACUCCUUCAACAAAUACUUCUUCCUACUUUCUGUGUAGCAGCUUAAAGAAAUGCACCUCAUUUACUAUAAAGUGAGGAACUUUCAGGAAGAUACAUGCCUUUGGCAUUCUGAGCAUUGGAUGAGGAAAUUGAAUGGGGGGACAGAAGGAUGAGAGAAGGAUGUGGGUGAAACCGUGACGGUGGGGGUGGGGCUACUUACUGAGCCUCCCUAUACCAUAUACUUGGUAUAUACCAUAAAGGACUCCCUGUACUUGGGGGUCCCAAGAUCACCCUCAGGCUGGGUGCAGUGCACGCAGUUGUACUUAGAGCUUUGAUUUAUUACAGCAACAGGAUACAACAAAAGAUCAGCCAAGGGAAAAGGCACCUGGAGCAGAGUACAGGGGAAACCAGGCCCAAGCUUCCAGAGCCCUCUCCCAGUGGGAUCAUGCAGGAUGUGCUUAAUUCCCCUAGCAACGAUUUGUUCGCAAUAUGUGUGAAAUGUCUAGAAGGAAGCUUGUUAGAGGCUAAAUACCCAAGGUUUUAAUGGGGGGCUGGUCAUGUAGGCAGUCUUUUCCUGACUCCCAGAAGGAAAGGAGGUUUUCACGGUGAACCACAUUGUUUGUAGAAACAGUUUAGAGCCAGUGAGCCAGUCUCAUCAGUUCAUGUGGGAACCUUCCCAAUGAAAUCGAAGUCUUCAGAUGUCAGCCAAGGGCCAACCUUGCAAACAGCCCUUUCCAGGCCUACUAUAUUAACUCUUUUCUGCACAAAAACCAUAGAGCUAGAGCUUUGGAUGAGAGAUGAAUGAGGUGUGGGCAGAUUUACCGGGCCCUGUUGUACCAGUUCUGCCCUACCAGGAAAACUCUGCCAGUUCUCAGGGCUUUUGUGCAUUAAUCUCCUAGGCAUGAGAGGCUGUGACUGAAUUCCAUAGGGAUUUACCAUGUGGAUUCCACUGGGCUUGAGAUGCCAGUUCAGGUUUCAGCUCUGCUAUACAUACUGCAAACCAGAACCAAAGACCAAAUGUCCUGGCCUCAGGGUGAUGAGCCUAUUUGUUUUUCUCCAUUUCAGAUACAUUACCUGUUCCUCCUGUUACUACUUUUUCUCUGGAAAAGGUGCCACUCUCUCUGGAUAAUAUAUCAUGGCAAGGCCCGUGUUGGAAAGAAAAAAUAUUUCGUAAUCAGUAGUCUCUCAGCUAGGAAAAGCAAGAACGUAAGUGUAGAAGAAGGGCUUAGGAAUCGAGAAUUCUUCGUUUCUUUGAACUAGUUUGGCUACUCACCUGCCAGAUCAUUUGGGCAGGUCACUUGUUUACUCUGCUUCAGUUUAAACCCCAUUGUCAAUUAAGGAAAUACCCCGUUGUGAAUUUCACAGAGACAUUAGGUGGUGUUUUAUUAAUGCAGGUCUUUAAUGUAGGGCUUUUAUGGGAAAAAAGGGAAGUUUUAUUUGUUUGUUUGCUGUUUAUUUAUUCAUUUGAUUGCGUUGUUGAGACCAGUGGUGAGCGAGUAGCUCAGCUGAUGAGCGAGGGUAUGGGGAUGUUGAAGUCAAGGCUGGAUGUGAGUAGGAAGUAUCAGCCCAUUCAAUGGUAAUCCUAGCCUAAUGAGUGGUCUUGAAGAUGGACGUCAUUGUCUAGGUAUGACCAAGUGGUUGGAACUGCAUGAGGUCAUCAUUGCUCUGAGAAAAGCGGCUUUAAAGGCAUGUUAACCGUGGGUCUUUUAAAAUGACUGUCUUCUGGUUAAGGAGAUUUGCUGGACAUGAGAAUAAUCUGACAGUAGCAUCUCCAUCUCUUUUUUUCUAUGAUCAGUAUCCCUGAAAUGCUGGUUAGCUUCUUUCCAACAAAAUUGUGGUCCAAGUAGGAUGCUGGAGAAUGCUGAUUUUAGCAAAAGCCUAGUUAGAAAAAAAAAAAAAGAGUGGCUUGGCACAAAAGAAAAAAAAAAAAAGAAAAGGAAAAAGCCGUCUCUUGAGUUUUGGCACAGUGCAAGCUGUCCCACACCAGACAAAUGAAUAGACUUAAUCUGGUACCAUUCUUCUCUCCUUCCACCUCAGAAGUGAAGGGAUUGCAGACCUUGCUCUUUUAGGGGAACGUACUUAGGUUUCUUGAAUUUCGAGAAACCUAUCUAGUGAUAAGGGAAGGAGAAUCCCUCAUUUCAGCUUUUCUUGCUGUUGUAGCUGAAAACUCUGAAGGAAACUCGCUGAGAGAAAAAUGUGAAAUGAAGGUGACUCAGCAGUUAAGAUGCUGAGUCUGUACAUGAGAGGUACAUGAAGGGCUAAUUAACAUGUGGUGUGGUUGGACACAUGAAGUACUCAUUUGCAUUUAGAUUACUAUGUAAUAGUCAUUAACACUGCUCAAGAAGGAUUUAUAUUUCAGUGAGAUUUGUACUAAAUUUUAUAAAAAUAAACAACUUUUUAUCAACCCAGAGUCUGGCUUUAUGUCUUUGUUCUGGUUCUGCCAGAAGCUUUAAAAAAAAAAAGGCUUUUGGCCUGCAGAAACGUUGACCCAUAUUUAUACUUAUCGGUAAAAUACUUCGUAGCUGUUCUUAUCAUCCACCAUUCCUCAUACUGCUUACUUUUUGAGGCAACAAUCUACAUAUAGAAAACAGUUUGCCAAAAGAAGGAGGAAGAACUUAAUUUCUUUCUUAUUUUGCCACCUGUUUGAGCAGUUGCCUUGAGAAUGAUGAUGUCCAGUUGGGUCCACAAAGACAGGCCCUUCGGCUGUCCUCGGACUCUGCUUCCCAUGCCUGGAACAGUGUUAGACACAUAGUAGGUGCUCAAUAAGCAGGUUGAAAGAAUGGAUGAAGGCAUGAAGAUGUAGUUUAGAAUUACCCCCCAUUGGAAAACGUUCUCAAAGAGCAUGCACAGUGGAUGGUGUCACCAAUGUCAUUUUUCUAGGUAAAGGACUAAUGUCCCUGGGGCGUGUGUUCUGCUUAAAUUGGUGUGACUCUUCUGAAGGUAUUCUAUACACAGACUCAAAACAGUCUAGAGCUAUCAACGGCUGUUAAGAGGCUUUCAGGGACAUUUUUUACCAUUAGAGCUUUGUGCCUGAAUAUAGAGAUUUUCAUCAUUAAAAAAAAUAGCUCUGGAGUGAAUAACGACUGACUUAAUUAAAUCCUUUGCUUACCAUCUUCUGAAGCUUUCCCACAGCAAAUGCCCUCUUUGCUCACAGCUAGAACUUUGGGUCUGUUUAAGUUUGGAAAGAUCUUGAAAGCAGCCUGCCAAGAGGUUUUGUAUGCAAGGAAGAGAAGGUGAAUUAGGAAACUUUCCCAGUUUGUUUUAUUCCUGAAGUUCGUGUAGUGAGGCAUUCUUGAAGAGAAGAGGGGAACUCAUUUUUAAAAUGCAUGAUUUGGUGAGUCAUUGGGUCCAAUUAAUUUGAUACCCACACUAUAAAAUUAUUAGAAUAGGGCCAAAAAGAUAUUUAGUAUGUCUAAGAAAGACAAACGUUUGGGGAUAAGGUUUGCAUUUUGGUCAUUUUUUGUAGAUUGAUGGAGCUCUUUCCAGUUACAUAUAGAAAAUGUGCAAUUAUGAGUUUUCAAGAUAGAAUUAUCAUGCUAGGGUACACCAGCAGGUGGCAAUGUGUCCUGGUUGGAUCAUUAGGAAAGUGGCUUGGAACCCUAAUCUGCUUCUAUUCUUUCCCAAAAUAAACAUUACAAAAUUAGCUGGCUGUGCGCUGAACUUAAAAAAAAAAAAAAA